UUAUUUUGUAAUCUGAAUUCUGCGUCAUUCCACAUUUUGACCAAUCUAAUCUUCAGUUUUUCCUGUACUUACUACUUGGUUCAUUUGUCCAUUGUCUAUUAGUCGUUACUAAUUAACAAUCAAUCGUUAUUUUGUAAAGUAUUUACUAUAUUUUAGUUAUUACUUAUUUUAAGUCUACUGUCUAAUAAGUAAUAUAUACUGUGGAACAGUGCUCAUUGAUUUAUUUUGUACCGACUAUAUUACAUUUACGUUUAACUUAACAGUUCAGAAGUUGAUUAUCGGAUAUAUUUUCCAUAAUCUAUUCCUGAGUGAUCAAUAAAAAUAACCACAAUUUUAUUAUCUGAUAAUUAUUAUCCAGUKUUUUCUAUUGUGUCAACUGUGAUUCAAACACUCGAGUCUCUUUCACUUGUUGGUCCAAACAAAUUUAACAAGUAUAUAAAUAUUGCAUUAUCAUGGCACCCAAACCAGUAUCGGUUCAAAAUCGAAACAAAUCUAAAAAUAGCAUUUUUAUAAAAAAACUUAACCGCUGUUUAGUGAUCAAUAAUAAUUUGCGUAAGCGAAUUGAAGAGUUAUCUGAAGAAAAUAAAAAAUUAUCAAAAUCUAGGAAUAGUAUGUUAUUAGAKAAAUUGGAGUUGCAAAAUGAAAAUAACUCAAUUAGAAAUUUAAAUAUUCAACUGAAUGCUAAGCAAAAUAUUAUGCAUAGAAAACUUGGUGUACUUGAACAAACAAUACAAAGCUGUAUACCUUCAUUAGUAACUAUGUCACAAUGUUUCCCAUCUAUGUUAGAGAAUGUACAUGAAAUGAGUAAAUUUGAAGUUAAAGACUUUAACAAGGAACAGAAGGAAAAACAGAUUAAAACUGUAAGACCUAUGAUUCAUGGUUUAACUAUUAGUCAACCAACUGUUUCAUUAAAGCAAUUUGAUAUGUCGCCUAUCAUUGAAAGCCCUAGUUCUAGUUCUGAACCAACGCCAAAAAAGCCACGAAGAUCUAGUUAUAGAAGCUCACCUCAUUGUAAACCCAGUAUGGAACCUUAUGUAAGAUUAAAAGAUGUCGCAGCUAUGUUGAAAAACUCCAAAACUGUUGAAAGCCCUAAACGUCAAUCAAAUAAAAGUUUAGGCGAAGGCCCGAGUUGGUUGAAUACGCAAGAAGAUCAAAUCCAAUUUUCUAACAGCAAUAUURAUGCAACAAAAUAUGUUAAUACUUCUCCUAGAUUAAUGAUAUCCGACAAAGUUCAAGCUCAUGUGCCAAUAAUUGCUUCUACUUCAAGUAGUAGUAUGGAUAAUACAUUUAAUGAAAUUGAAGAACGUCACAGUGAUUUAUUAUCUCCUAUUGAUUCAAGUAUGCUGAAAAACAUUACUUGUCGAAAACGUAAUAAACGAUCAAGUGAAAUAAUCAAUGCAUCAGAUAUGAAUGAUUCAAUCUCUUCAACAAGACCAAGUAGAUCUGCUACGAAGAAGAUUAACUACAAAGAAAAGAGCCUUGGAUGUAAACUCAGAAGAUAAUUAAAUUAUAAUAUAUUAUGAUAAUUAAAUUAUCUGAAAAUUAAUUAAGAAAAUGUAUUUAAAAUGCUACA